AGGUUGCAGAGAGGUAUGACGGUGCCACUGCACUCUGGUGAGGGCAACAGAGUGACAGAGACCCUGUCUCAAAAAAAAAAAAAAGAAGAAGAAGAAGAAGAAGAAAAACAAAACAAAAGGAAAAACUUAAGCUGGAGCAUACGCUCGAGCAAAAGAAAUGGAACAGGGGGUGCAGUUAGGGAUCAGGGAUGCGAUGGAGGAAAAGGGAGACGUGAAAGGAGCCGCGCUUUGACCACGAACCAAAUACCGCACGUUUACCAAAUGUCAGGGCCUCCCUCGGAGUUUGCAGUCCACGGCGGGCCGAGGCAGGGGUUUGUUAAAGUUGUCAAGAAUAAGGCCUACUUUAAGAGAUACCAAGUGAAAUUUAGAAGACGACGAGAGGGUAAAACUGAUUACUAUGCUCGGAAACGCUUGGUGAUACAGGAUAAAAAUAAGUACAACACACCCAAAUACAGAAUGAUAGUUAGAGUGACUAACAGAGACAUCAUUUGUCAGAUUGCUUAUGCCCGUAUAGAAGGGGAUAUGAUAGUCUGUGCAGCUUAUGCACAUGAACUACCAAAAUACGGUGUGAAGGUUGGCCUGACAAAUUAUGCUGCAGCAUACUGUACUGGCCUACUGCUGGCCCGCAGGCUUCUCAAUAGGUUUGGCAUGGACAAGAUCUAUGAAGGCCAAGUGGAGGUGACUGGCGAUGAAUACAAUGUGGAAAGCAUCGAUGGCCAGCCUGGUGCUUUUACAUGCUAUUUGGAUGCAGGCCUUGCCAGGACUACCACUGGCAAUAAAGUUUUUGGAGCCCUGAAGGGAGCUGUGGAUGGAGGCUUGUCUAUCCCGCACAGUACCAAACGAUUCCCUGGUUAUGAUUCUGAAAGCAAGGAAUUUAAUGCUGAAGUACAUCGGAAGCAUAUCAUGGGACAGAAUGUUGCGGAUUAUAUGCGUUACCUAAUGGAAGAAGAUGAAGAUGCUUUCAAAAAACAGUUCUCUCAAUACAUAAAGAAUAACGUCACUCCAGACAUGAUGGAGGAGAUGUAUAAGAAAGCUCAUGCGGCUAUACGAGAUAACCCAGUCUAUGAGAAGAAGCCCAAGAGAGAAGUUAAAAAGAAGAGAUGGAACCGUCCCAAAAUGUCCCUUGCCCAGAAGAAAGAUCGGGUAGCUCAAAAGAAGGCAAGCUUCCUUAGAGCUCAGGAACGAGCAGCUGAAAGCUAAACCAGACACCAAUUUUAUAUAUUUCCUGAUUUAAAAGAAUAAACUUAUUCAUAAAGCAACU